CUCGGGAAAGCCGCGGCUCGGGGCUGUCACAGGCGCUGCCAGCGGGGCUGACACCAGCGGCUGGCCCCGGCUGCGCGGCCGGGGGCGGGCGGGCGCUGCGGGUCUGGUGUGUGCACCCCAUUCCCGCCCCCCGUGCCUCUCGGUCCCUCCCUGGGAACAGGCGCUGCCCACCCAAGGAGGCGACCGGCGCUCCUGCCCCGCUGCCGCUCGCUCGCUCACUCACACACAUCACAGACACACACACAUAAACCGUGCGUGCGCCUCUCGCUCCCGCACUGGAGUCAGCGCUUGUGCCUGCAGGUUGCUCAGACCUGAAAUCUAAGGGAAAAGCUCAGCGUUUGCGUCGCUGCUCCUGCCGCCGGUGGUGGUAGCGGUGAAGAGGAGAGGCGGUUGUGGGGUUUUUUUGCUUGGUGGCUUUUUUUUUUUCUUCCCCCUUGAAUUCAAUGGAUCUGAACUUGGAGCCUUUAGACCUCGGCGGUAUUGGAAUAUCUACAUGCUGAUCAUCUUUGUUGUGACACAUCAAGUCGUUUGGGGAAACCAUCCGAAGACAGCAAGAUGUUUCUCGUUCUCUUGUACUUCGCUUUGCCCUUAGUGGAAGUGAGCGGGCUGCCUGGAGGGGAGCGCCUGGACUGCGUGAAAGCCAGCGAUCAGUGUCUGAAGGAGCAGAGCUGUAGUACUAAAUUCAGGACACUGAGGCAGUGUGUAGCCGGCAAAGAGAGCAACUUCAGCCGGGCCACGGGCCUGGAGGCCAAGGACGAAUGCAGGAGCGCCAUGGAAGCUCUGAAGCAGAAAUCCCUGUACAACUGCCGCUGCAAGAGGGGCAUGAAGAAGGAGAAGAACUGCCUGCGCAUUUACUGGAGCAUGUACCAGAGCUUGCAGGGAAAUGACUUGCUUGAAGAUUCCCCUUAUGAGCCAGUUAACAGCAGACUAUCAGACAUAUUCAGGCUAGCACCAAUGGUAUCAGUGGAGCCAGUACUCUCAAAGGGGAACAAUUGCUUGGAUGCAGCCAAAGCUUGCAACCUAAAUGACACCUGCAAGAGGUUCAGAUCUGCUUACAUCACCCCCUGCACCAGCAGCACGUCCAAUGAGAUCUGCAACAAGAGGAAAUGCCACAAGGCGCUGCGGCUGUUCUUCGACAAGGUGCCCCCAAAGCACAGCUACGGGAUGCUCUUCUGCUCCUGCCGAGACGUGGCCUGCACGGAGAGGAGGCGCCAGACCAUCGUUCCUGUGUGCUCCUAUGAGGACAGGGAGAAGCCAAACUGCCUGAAUUUGCAAGAGUCCUGCAAGAAGAAUUACAUCUGCAGAUCUCGCCUUGCAGAUUUCUUCACAAACUGCCAGCCUGAGUCACGCUCUGUUAGUGGCUGUCUGAAGGAGAACUAUGCUGACUGCCUGCUCGCUUACUCGGGGCUCAUUGGCACCGUGAUGACCCCGAACUACAUCGACUCCAGCAGCCUCAGCGUGGCCCCGUGGUGCGACUGCAGCAACAGCGGCAACGACGAGGAGGAGUGCAAGAAAUUUCUCAAUUUCUUCCAGGACAACACAUGCCUUAAAAAUGCAAUUCAGGCCUUUGGCAAUGGCACUGAUGUGAAUGUCUGGCAGCCAAUCUUACCAGUACAGACCACUACAGCCACAACCACGACAGCUUCCAGACUUAGAAACACAGGGUCAGAGACCACCAACAAUGAAAUACCCUCCCACAAUGAUUCACCAGCAUGUGCAAACCUGCAGGCACAGAAGAAGCGAAAAUCCAAUGAAUCUGUAGAUACAGAGCUCUGUCUUAAUGAGAACGCUCUGGGGAAGGACAACACAGCGGGCGUCUCCACCAGUCACAUAUCCGCGGAGAAUUCCCUGGCCAUUCCCACCAGCUCCUACCUAAGCACACAGCUCACCCUGAUGGCACUUGCACUCUCACUCUCUUUGUCCCUAAGCUCAUCAGUCGUCUUGUAGCUGCGUUACAAAAGGACAAAAGUGUUAAAAAAAAAAAAUCCCAAAAAAAAAAAAAAAUCUGUUUGCUGUCCUCUGUUGUUUAUCUGGAAUUCCAGGUCUGGGAGCUAAGCUGAGGCACUCCUGCUAGAACAGUCUCAGUCAGCUGGAAUUUUUUUUUUUUUUCUCUAAAAAAAGCUUCUUGUGAUAUUUAGAGGCUUUGUGAAAUACUUGGUGCAGUGCUACAUUCCAAACCCAAAAGGCUUUUGGGCAUGCUGUGUUUUAAAGAGACAGUGUGUAAAUUUGCCUGUAAAGCGACCUGGUUGGAUUAUUUUAAUAAUUAUUAUUUUAAUUCUGGCUUUUACCUGAGAAAGAAGACGAUGGUUUUCUUAAAAUCUUGUUUAUCUCAUUGAAUGGUUUUGGUUUUCAAAUUGAUUGAACUUCAGACUAUCAAGGAUGCCAGGCUUUUGUCUAAUGGUGAAUGUUCUCCCAGAGAGUGGACUUUAUGAAACUCCUUCAUUUGAUAAAUCGCUACUGAUGUUAAACUCUUUCAGUGUGUUAGCAUUUUCCUCUUUAAAUGUUUACGUACUGUAAGUGAUUCUGCGUUCCCUGCUGAGAAGCCAUUCUAAUUCACAUACAGGUAUAAUGUAUGUCUUUCAGUUCAAUUCUCAUAGAGUGUGGCGUAGAACCUCCUAACAGUACAUUUAUCUUUUAAUUAUAAUCAUCUAGCCUUAACAAGAGUGAAGAUUCUUUACAUUAGCGAGAUGCAGCCAUUGUGAAAGCUUGAUAAAGAUACAUUUCUUUAAAUAUGAGGAACAAAUAUUGCUACAGGGUUUCAGCUGUACAGUCUAUGGUCUUCUAUGCUUCCAUUGUGAUAAUAUAGUCCAGUUAUUAUACUCUUUGUUUAAUAAAAAAGAUGACAUACAAUUUAUUUGCUCUGCUAAAACAUCAUCAUCUGUUUAUACAUACCUGAUAAUGUCAGAUCAAACGGCUACAGGAACUUCAUGCCUUACUUCUCUUAUCAAAACAUUGUAGAGGGACAAGAGGUAGUAGGAUAUCAUUUAAACCGUGUUUUAUUUCUUAGAACUGCUAAAACCAACACAGAAGGAUGGUUGAUCCAAUUGCAAGGCAGCAUCGUGCACAUGUACCCAUGUGAUAGGGUUUUCUCACCCUGGUAGUUCCUACCACAGACCUUGGCAUUGCUGACAUGGUGAACUGUUUGCAAGACCAGAUCCAUAAAUUAAUUUAAUGGUUUGGAUGGCAAUGUUACCAGUACACAUGAUUUAAUGGCUUGGUUCCACUCAGUGGCACUGGCAGCCUGCGCUGGCUCAUGAUGAUUUCCUGCAGUAUCUAGAAGGAAUCCUUUAAAGCUUUAAAUGUCAUCAGAUAGGCAGCAUUUCUCCUAAGGGCUGUCUUUAUACCUUACUGUGAUGGCUUGUUGACUGUUACAAGCAGUUAUGUCUAAGUGAUCAACAGUAAUCAGUUUUGGUUCCUCUUGGAAGGAGAAGAUAACUUCUGCAAGCAAGGAGUUCAUCAUGUUGAAUGUACAGAUUCACUCUGAGACUUACACAAUUAUGGCCUGUCCUGCACUGAAAUGUCCAGACCAGUUAUUUGCAAUACAACUAUAAAGUAGAAAUUACUAUUUUAUAAACUGCACUGAGGUUUGAGUGUGCAAAAUACACAUCUUGCUAAGAGACUAUUAAACCUAUUGACGAGUUCGUCUUUUGAGAUUUUUCUUGGCUAAUAAUAAACACUUUCAUAAAUUUUGAAAUUCAUUUAUGUACUCUUGAUUAUGGUCACAUAACACAGGUUUCAAAGCGAUUUGCACGUGGUAGAAUUCUACAAUACUCUGUGCCACUGAACAUAACAAAUUAGACAAUAUUACUUUUUAAUUCUGUGUUGAUAAGAACUGCAAAUUACUUUCAAAGGCAGCAGAGCUGCUUUCGGAGAAGAGAUAUAUAGACCAUCAUUACCAGCAAAGCCCAUGUGGUUCCUGUUGCUCUUCUUGUAGAAGAUAAUCAAAUUACUGAAAACUAGUGGCAGCAGAAAAAAGAUCAUGAGAUUCAUGAUUUUUAAAAUGAAUCAAAUUCUUUUAUGUCAAAAGGAGUUGAUAGUAUAACCUAUUGAAAUGCUAAUGAACACAGCAUUGUAAUUCAGAAGUCUGACAUUAUCCAAUUAAAAAUAUUUUCAAAACAAAUUCCUAAACAUUAUGAUUAUUAAAUCCAUCUUUGAUCCACAAAUCUUUCUCUGAAAUAUCAUUUGUAUUCAGCACAUUAAACAUUUUAGCCAGUAUCAGGAAUUUUAAUAAUCUCCCAGUAUAGUAUAUACUUUUUGAAGAUUUUUUAAUGUUUGCUUUGGUUGCAGUAUCUCUCUUGCAUUUAAUACCAAUUAUUAGAGCUUUGACACUGCCUGAUCCAGAGUAAAAACUAUUGAUCACUUAUACUGUAAAUAACCACCUGAUAAGCUUCUAAUUACAAAAGAAACUGCUGGUUAUCUGAGUCAGUGAGAGUUUCCUUUGGAAAUUAAAUUUAUAUGUAUUAGAGGAAAAAGUGGUGAUUUUUUUUACAGGUAGCCAAUAAAGCUCAACAGGGCACUUAAGCAUUUUGCCCUGUAAAUUAAAAGUAUACUGAAGUCCUAAUUAAAAAAAUUAAAUUGCUUAUUAAACAGGCAGAAAGGAAAAAAUAACCUUAGGAGUCUGACACUUUACAGGCAUCAUCAUGCAAAUAUUGGAGAAUUUUUCAAAGUUGCAUGAAGUGUGGAUGAUGUCAGUUUAGCAUGGUGACCUUGCCUAUGCAGUCACAUGCUACAGUAUUGAAUUAUGCAAAUUGUUUAAUUUUUUUCCCCUUUCAGUCACUAAAAUAUCAUGUGUUGAGUGCCUAAUGAACAAGCCUGGCCUGGACUUUAUACAACCCUUUAAAAGAUUAAUUUUAUCCAUAUAACAGUAAUAUAGGGACUGUCCAAAUAAAGAUGUACUUAGAGAUGAUCUACUGUUCCAGUUGUAAAUCUCACCAGUUCAGUUGUGUGUAAAUUAAACCAUGGGCUACCAUAAACACAUCCAAAUCAUCUUGUACUGGAACAGACACUGUCAUCAGUAUUAUUAACAGCAUGUUUAUGCUUCUUUUUGAAAGUAGUGCACACAGAGGUAAAAUUGAGACUGAACUGAAAUGUAUGGCUGAGGUCUUGCAGUAGUCAGCGUUACUCUUCAUUCCACAAGCUGUUCCUGAAGGUGAACCUUUCAGAUAAUUGCAAGAAUAAGAGCAGGAAUAGCAGCAGCUGAGGGUUCCCUUGGUCCAGAGUGGGUGGUGGCAUCUCCAGCAGGCAGCAGCCCCAGGGAGCGACCAUGCAGGGCCUUGGUCAGUGGUGAGGGUGCUGCCCUUCCUGCACUGACCGGGCUCCCUGAGAUCCAGCUCCUUCAGGAGGAUGGGGCUGAGGUGCUGACCCUGAGCAGGAGCUGUCCAUCUGUCCAUCUGUCCCCACCAGGGCGCUGGCCACUUCCCAUUGAGCAGCUUCAUUCCCACCGUGUCAGUAAGAAGAAUUAGGAGGAACUGGAAUUCUUAAUCCUUUCAAAGCAUGCCUAGACAGACUCCUGUCUGGAGACCUGUUCCCAGGUUUUGGGGUUUGUUUUUUAUUUUUGUUUGUUUUUUCCCCCCAGUGAAAUUACGUCCCUCUAGAGACCCAGCCUUUUGAACAUGAGUGGUCACAAUUUGUUGCAGUUCAAAUUGGUAGACUGAAAACAUGAAGGUAUCUACUUUUGCAAAGCCUGUGCCAUGAGGCUGGAGAUCAAGAAAACAAAGCAGGAAUCACCUUGAAAUCUCAAGUUAAUUAAAAUUUUCAAUUGUUGGCUAAUGACUGUGAUAUUUCCAUGGAAUAAAGAUGGUGAGAAACCAGUGAAGUAGAAGAGCAAAACUCAGAACAGCUCCCUGAAGGGACAUAAAUCUUAUGUAUGUCAAGUGACAGGAGUAUCUCAUACUUGGGUUCUAAUAAAAGAGCUGGAUUCUGCUGCAGCAGCAGCUCCUUCAGAGCAAGCAGUAAAAGAUGGAAGCACAAGCAGUUAUUCAUACAAUUAUAACUUUCUUUGUCUUCAAUACCAAGGUGCAUCUACCUCACUGAAAAAUACGUUCAAUUUAUGACAUUAUUUCUUUCUGCAUUAAACUGUUCUGCAUUCUGCAUGUUCUGCAUUAAAACUGUUCUGGGCUAAGGAGGCCUCUGGGGUUGUUUUAUGCCCAUAAGGUUAGUCAGAUUGUACCUGAUGUCCCUGACAUCAAAUAGAAAUAUAUUUGGUUCUGAUGAACUUGGCAGAGAAAUUAAUCCAGUGACUUGUUAAAUAUUUCUCAUCUUUAAAUAUUUGCUUUUUCUCAGCAGCCAGUUCCUCCUCUGACAUUUCAAUUAUUGGCUGUUUCAGCUUCUCUUUAACUUUGGAAGGUCAUUUUGUCCAACUCCACAGUAUUCAAGUUUAGAAAUUUGCCUCAGUGCUGAUUUUCUGGUUUUCUUUUUUAAUUACAGCCUUCACUUUUGAGAAGAAAAAGAUGUGAUCAGGAAUAUGUCUCCACUGAACUAAGAACACCUUUAACGGGGAGAAAAUUGAAAGUUCUCAUUUUAUCUCUUUAGCACUGGUUUGACUUGAAUAAUCUAAAACAUUAUGUUGUUAUUCCCCAGAUGGAAUUUAAAAUUUAGUUUGGUACUGAAUAGGAUUGAAAACUUUCAAGCUCUUUGCAAGCUAUUAGAAAUAUUUAAAUACUUCUAAUGUAUUUUCCAGUUGGAAUUUCAGUCAAAUGGAUAAAGUCUCACUAAGUAGUAAAUUCUUACAAGAGUAAGAAUUCUCUGUGGGAAAUUUUGAUGGCUCUGUUCUUAAGGUAAAAUCAGGGAGGAUGAUGAAUUCUCAUUUUUGACUCAAUAUUAUCUUGAAUUUUAUACACCUUGCUUCAUGUUCUCUUCUGAUGUUUGCCUCUAGGCAAUGUUUAUACUUAAUAGAUGCAUAAUAGAUGUGGGCACCUCAAUAGUCAGAAGCCAAUUCCUGCAACUCCUACAACAUAUUCCAUCUGGUUUUUAUCAUUCAUAAAAACAUGAGCAACAAAUUCAGGAUGUGGCCCAAAAAUUACCUGAAUUUUAAAGGAGCACAGAGUCAACAAAUUUCUCAGUAGCAUUUCUUACCAAGAUAGACUGUGAUAUUCUAAAUGGGUACUAAACUGCUACUAUCUAGACUAUUCACAGCAGUUCUCUGAGCACAUUUAACCAGAGUUUAAACCAGUUCCUAUUGUUUUACCUUAUUCAGUGCCAAUAGCUGUUGCCAUGCACAGGAUUAGAGAUAAUUGUUGCCUAGAUUAAAACACCCAAAUCUUUGCCCCCUUUCACCUGCUGGUAGUGAUUCCAGCAUUAUCAUUCUUUUGCACUGGGUUUUAAUCUGCCAAAAGGAGAACUUCCUAGAAUCCAGAAGAAAAUAAGUCAUAGAUUUAAGGUAAAUUUCCCUCAAAUUCCUCCUUUCAAAAUACCAAAAUAUUUGACUUCUUACAAACCUCUUUGUGUGUGCUCCAUCGCUCAGGCCUGUCCAGCUGGGGUGGUUUAUCCCCCACUAACGAACCUGUCAGAGCUGCAUGCUGACAAAUCAGUCAUGGCAGGCUUGCUAGCUGCAGCUCUUCAGCUGAGUAGGGAGUUGAUUUUUGGCCACUGCACUUGUCCUUAGGUCAAAGCUUAAAUGCUACAAAGGCUGAACCCCACGGAUGCAGUGAGCCACAGGGAGAUGUAAACUUCAAGCACAGAAGCCAGCUGAAGUUCACAUCUACUGAAACUCUGGAGUAAUUUUCAAAAUAAGAUUAAAACUAUAUUGUCCUCCCAUGGUAAUGUUUAUGGAAUAGGAUAUAUAUGACAGAAGGAAGCUGGAGAAACAGGAGAAAGCCUGAAGCUGCAAAAAUUACUGUUUAGGGAACCACCAUUUAUUUUAGCAGGAGAUACUGCAGAAAGCACACUGCUGAGAGAGAAAUGUGUGUCCCACUGAGGAUAAAACAGAGAAAUCAUGGGUUUUUUCUUUGACUUUGUGGAUUAGCCCAUGGAAACUGUUCCCCCUUCUGAGAAGUGAAGCAAUUCUUUUGGGAGCAUGCAACCUAAAUGCUGGGAGCACAGGAUCUCCCUCUCACAUCCCCAGACCUGGUUAUUAGCAAUGACAUCCUCUGCCUGCUUGGGGCUGAGACAAAGGCUUUAACCUUUAAGUGAAAGUUAGGACAGAAGGAAUGUUUGCAAGGGUUAUUAGAGGUGGAACAAAGCCUCACAGGGGAUUGUGCCUGGCAGUCAGGAGUGCACAACCCAGACUGAGCUGAGUCAUAUAUUUCUUAAAAAGAAAACUAAGAAGAGGCAAAAAUUCAAAGAAAAAUAUGAUCUUGAUUUUUAUAUUGCUGCUUUUCUGGGAAGUGCUGCAUAAAGUCAACCUCUUACCUCUUCCCAGUAGCCUACAUUGUUUCUGGAUAAGAACAAAAAAUAAAUCCCAAGUGUAGUCAGUGGGAGAAAUUGCUUCAAAGCACUCCAACAUGUGGGAAGCUUAACUGGUGGCAGUUAUUGAUCUCCAUGUUCUCCCUCCCCCAGAAUUAUUGCUGCUGAGUUUGCCCUGACAGGGUUUGUGUGAGGUUUUGUACAGCAUUACCUAGUACUCAAGUGAUUAGCUGUGAUUAGUACUGCUCUGGCUGGGAAGGUGCAUGAGUCUUUCCCCUGAGGGUGGGUUGAAUUUUGCACUUUUUGUGUAAGCUACAAGUUGACGAGAGCUGCAGCAAAAUGGAAACAGCAGGAGAGGGCUCACAAUAAAAGUAAUUUUUCUUACAUCAUUAUGAUAAAGGUUACAGGUGAAGAUAAAGGUAGCAGGUAGCAUUUGAACCAAGGAGGACUGGCAUUCACUGUGAUCUGAGGAUAUCCAAUGUUAGCAUUUUCCUGCACUUUUUUCCACCUAUUUUUUCUCUUUGUCUUUUUCCAAAACUGUCUAGAACCUGCUUCCAUUUUCUGGAGGAAAUUCUUACACAAACAGUUACCUUCUUGUGCAACUUCUGUGUCGUCUUAGGGAUUUCUGUACAUCUCACUGCAGGUUAUUCUGUGUCAGGUCCUCAGUCAUAAUGGCUGGUAAUUUGUUGUAAAAAAAACCCCAAAAACCACUGUUCACGUGUUCCUGUUGACUUACUUGCUCUGAGGACGUUGCUCUUUGGACUGUCCACACUUUGGAAGUCAAUCCAUGAUGUUUGGCGUUUUCUGUUAGCAUAAUCCUCCUGCAUUAGUAUUGUACAUAUCCAGAAAAAAAAUCCCUCUCAAUAAACAUUCUUCUCUUUUUUAUUAAAAAGCAUGUUUUUGUGAGAACAAUUUCCUGGUUGUUUUUCUUCUGUUUUGAUUUAUUAUUUAAAAAAAAAAAAAAAGGAAGCUUAUCUGGCAAAAAAAAGGACAACAAAGUUGAUCUCAUUUUUCCCUGUUGUUUUGCAGCCUACCAUGAUCUAAGAAAAUAAGAAAUAAAGCUUUUUCCCUUUAAAUAUC